UUUUGAAACCAUGACGGUUACACUUUUGGUUCCUAAAUAAAAUUUAAAACAAUUAACAGCCAAGUCACAAAGAUAAAUGGGUUGCACAUAGACUAAGGAAUAAACUUCAGAUUUGUGAUUUUUGUUUCUAAUCUUGAUGUAAAUUUACACUAUUUAUAAAUACAUAUUUAUUGCUUGAAAAUAUUUGUGAAUGGAAUGCUGUUAUUUUUUCCAGAUUACCUGCCAUUGAAAUUUUAAGGAGUUCUGUAAUUUCAAACACUACUCCUAUUACAUUUUCUAUAUGUAAAUAAAACUGCUUAGCAUUGUACAGAAACUUUUAUUAAAAUUGUUUAAUGUUUAAAGUUUUUCUAUUGUUUGAGUUUUAAAAAGAUUUUAUGUACAGUGCCCAGUUUUUGUUCUUUUUUUGAAUCUGAUUAUAUAUAUUUUAUAUAUACUCUUGUGCUUGUGUAUAUAUAUAAUAUAUAUAGAAAUUCGAAUAUAAAUAUGUGUAUAAAGAUUUAGAGACUAAAUUUUUCUCGGUUUAAGUUUUACAUCUAUGGUAGAUUUGAGGUGUCUACUGUAAAGUAUUGCUUACAAAAGUAUGAUUAUUUUUAAAGAAAUAUAUGGUAUGUAUCCUCAAGACAUAAAAUGACCUUCAGACUGGUUUAUUGUUAAAUUGCACUUUUUGCAAUAACAGACCAAUAAAUAGUUGCUGCCAAAACAUAGUAGUAGAAAAUAAGUAAUGGCUAAACUUUAAAGCUCUUUGAGAAAAUGCCGGGUUUGACAGGAAGUUUGGCACUAGUUUUAGAGGAGAAAUGAAAAAGGUGAAUUUGAGUUCGGGUGGGGAUGGUAUCUAGAAUUCAACCAAAUUGCAACUUAUAUAUUACAAUAUGUUCUAUUAACAAUUUUAAAAGUUAAGACUGAAUCACCUUGGUGUCAUUGCUGACCCAGAAAAAGGACAUUGUUUUGUGGUAUUCUAUUGUAUUUUCACAUACUUUGUAAUACAAAUUCACUGGUAAAUUUUUGAAGCACUAGGUUUAUUUAGGACAAGUUUUUAAUAUAUCAUUGUAACAGUUUGCAGUUUUAAUUAUGGUAUUUAUUUUAAGUUGCUCCUUUCUCAUUAGCUUCUUGAAAAUGCAUUAAAUCUAAAUUUCAAAAUUGAUAGCUUUCUUAUCGAUCAGAGUUGACUGAUGCAGAAGGUUCUGCAUCAAACGAUUUCUCAUAAUUUCUCAUUAGUGGGGUAUGUUAGUGAUUGCAUUGUUAAAUUUUUUGUAAUCAAUGUGAAGUGUUAAAGGCACAGAGCAUGCUAAUAGUUUAUUUUGAACAAAAAGGAUUGCCUCUUACCUUUGUAGCUUCAAAUGAAGGGUGUUUUAAUGAAGAAUCAGUACAGCUUGUCUAAUGCUGUUACAACAGUUUAACUUUAGUUAUAAAUGACUUUUUUGCUAGUUCAUGCAACAGGUGGACAAAAGGGUAUAGAGAUUCGAGAAAAGUAUAACAAACGCUCUUUCCAGCAAAAUUAUCAGCUAGCAGUUAGGAAGCCAGUAUUUACAGUUCUGUAAAGAUGUAAGUCUCAGCUCUUGAUAACAAACUCUACAAAUCAUAAUUUUUUACUUAUGUAUUUUAUGCAGUCAUAAAUAUUGUAAUCUUGACAAACCAUGCUGCAACUGAAAAGCUACUCCUUUACAGUAGUCUUAAACCCAAAUAAAAGCAAGAUAACUUACCUCAACUAAUGGUAAACAAACAGUCCUCAUUUCUCAGUGCUAUAACAGAGUAUUGCUAACUAGGGAAAGAGCUAUUGCGUGCUAAUCAAAAGGGCUUUAUACCUUUCCUCCCCUUUGGAAAAGAGGAUAUACCAUUACCAAGGGAAAAAAAAAUCAUAUUUCACCAAUGAACAGGUAGACCAAAUCAGUAGAGCAUCAGGCAGUAUUGCUCACUCUGCAUGAAGGUUUUGUCAUGGAUUU